AUGCCUCACUGGGUCAGCACACAUUACAUUGAGCCACAUUUCCUUCGCAAUGCCCUGGAUGUUCUGAUCAUCGGGACAGGGACGGCUGGUCUCUCUGCGGCCUUGGCUCUUGGUCGUGCGCGAAGGAGUGCCAUUGUUUUCGAUAUCGACAAUCACAGAGGCAGACUUCAUGAGACUACAAGCCAAGUGAUCUCAAAAUCGAUCCAUGAUGAGACCAUAGCUGAGAUCAAAACCAAGUUCAAGACCAUCAUGUUUAGCCGCGCGAUAGCAGCGUCUGUUCGUGAAAAAGGCAUAGUAUUCGAAGUGGAAGUCGUUACAGGUCGAUGUUGGAAGGAAAGAAAGGUAAUAUUGGCUAUGAGUAGCCAUGAUGUUCUUCCAGAUAUCCCGGGAGGCGAAGAAGCUUGGGGAAAGAAUAUUUUCGACGUCUCAAAAUGCCUCGAUGUUAGUAAAAAGGCGACUGCCGACGCUGCUGUGCUCAUCACAUCUGACUCUCCAAAUUCUGGCUUCAAGAUAGACAACAGACCCAUCAAAUCACUGGAGAGUUCGGGAACCUCAGUGGCUGUCCAGUUCGCCGAUGGGGCAGAGUCAGUGUACAGCCUGAUAGCGCAUAAGCCCAGAAAGGUCAUUAGUGGACCUUUGGCAGAACAAUUGGAUCUUGAAAUGACAUCGGAAGGGAAGGUUUUGGUAGAAAAUGAGUUUCAAGAGACAAGCACGCGCGGUGUUUUCGCGAUGGGUGACAGUGCCGGUUUUCUCAUAGAGGAGAGUGCUGGGGCUAGUGCUGGAUGGCUGGCUGGGGUUGGUGCAAACCUGCAAAUUGCCGAGGAUGAUAUGAACAUGUAG